AAGGACCUCCUGGGAAUGAUAUAUCUUAAAGAAAAAGGUGGCAACCGAUUAGGGAACAUCGCUGGCAGACAGCAGCUGGUUUAAACUCCCGAGCAGAGAGCCAGCAGACUGACAGUUCUGUCACGCAGAUGUUCUACAUGGAGUUGUUAGCGCGAGUGCUCUAUAGCUCAUCUGGAUAAUUGACUUAGAUUAAUUAAGCUUUUAAUUUCCGGAGUGCAAAUCCCGCAUUUGUUAUUGUCCGUUUUGUGCUGUUUCUUGUACAACUGGGUGUUUGUUUUUGAGGAAAAACAUUUUCUUUUCUGGCCCAUUGCUGGAGAAAACCUCUGACCUGCUGCUGGUGUACCGCUGUCACUGGGGUUGGCAUGACUGCUCAGGACCUUCCAUCGUUCCUGCUCCUUGGCCUGAUGCUAGGCGGCCUCUCAUUGGCCCAGACUGACAAACUGCCAGAUGCGGAAUCCCUGGCAGCCAAUCAGACGGCAGAGCCCUCAAUGGCCCUGGACAUCACCCCUUCGACACCUGGAGCGGAGCCGGAGGAGGACACGGUUCCGCCCUCUGGAAUGAGAUGCCGGGGCUAUUAUGAUGUCAUGGGUCAGUGGGACCCGCCCUUCAACUGCAGUGCCGGCAUCUACAUAUACUGCUGCGGCACCUGCUUCUACCGCUUCUGCUGCCAGUUCAAGCCGCACCGGUUGGACCAGAAGUCCUGCUCCAAUUAUGACACGCCCAUCUGGGCCAAUACCGGCAGGCCGGCGGCGACCAUACCCAUAUCGCAGGAUGGGCACGACCGUGACAAGACCCACAUGAUCGUCUACAUCAUCUGCGGUGUGGUGGCGGUGAUGGUGCUGGUGGGCAUUUUCACCAGGCUGGGUCUGGAGAAGAGGAACAACCGGCAGAAUGACAUCACCAGCUCCAGCAGGACGCUGACUGAGCUGCUGAAGCAGCCCAGCGGGGAGGUGAGCAUCAUGGAUGGGAUGCCACACCUGGGCGCCAACGGCAUGCCCGGCCGCAUGCGGCGCAGCAGGAGCGAACAGUACCACCUGAACGAGAUCCCCUGCUCCCCGUACGGCCCGGCAACGCCCCUCUCCCACCCCCAUGCCAGCCUCCACGCACCAGCUGUUAAUCUCGCCAGGUACACGUCGCUCAAGACCAUCGCAGAUACCUCCAGCAGAGGAUAUUAUAAAAGUUACCCCUUGAUGGACUUCUCCCAGUACCGGGCUCCACCCUCCCCAUUCCAACCACUCCCACUCCAACCCAAGGACAAGUCCUACCUGUGUGUGACGGACUUCAAUUCCCCGAUGAGCUUCUCCAUGCCCCGGGGCGUGUCCACGCGGACCAAACUGACCAAGACCACCACGCACCCUCUGCUCUCCAACUUGGACCUGGCUGCCUGGGAUCAUGGCAAGGUGCACAUUCAUCGGCAGUAUUCCCACCCCCCGCAGGCUGUUGGUCGACGCCUGGCCCACUCCGGGGGCCGUGAGCUCAGCGUGGAGACUCUGCCGGAGAUGUUCUCCCGCUCAACGGUCUACAGACACGUGCCCCUGUCACCUCAGCCCAUGCAUCACCACGGACAAAGGGCGUUCCUCAGCAACAGCAGGACAGAGGUCACCGUCUGAGCCAAGCUGGGUACGCGCUCGAUUUGUGGCAAAGUCUACGUGUUUGCAUACACGUCUUCUCCAUGAUGCGGAGGAGGAACCCAGUAACAUAAUAUUCUUUGCCAUUAAUAAUCUCCAACGAACAUGACCAGUCUUCCUUCCCUUUCGCCAUCGGCACCCGCCGCCACGUCUCGGACCUGGCCGACGGUCCUCUGUCCUCCUCUCCGGCAGCAUGCCCCAGGCACCAGUCACUUCACAGCUGACCCAUGGUGCUUGUGUGGGAGCAGGACCUCGUACUGCGUCACAGCCCAGGGUCAGUGGACGAGCUGCAUAAUGAGAUGAGAACAAAGACAUUCACGGAAGAAGAGGGGAAAAGACCAGGAGAGGCAUCUGUGCUAAACCACCCGGACACCUGAUGGGGAGGGGGGGUGGUGGGCACUGCCACAGAGGUUAAAAAAGGGAAGACAUUCGUGUGUGUCCCUUACAGCAGCAGCAUGAGACCCAGGUGAUUCCAGUGCCUAAACUGUUUCUCAUUGCAGGAAGGACUGGACCGGCUAGGGAUUUUUAUGGUAUAAAAUAAACUCUAGAUGUUAUCUAAGCACGCGAUUAUGCACCAACUGUGAAAGUUGGGCCUCCCCUUUUUCUUUUAAAGACACUUGUGUUGAGACUAGAAACGUAUUACCUUGUUAUGUUUCAGAGAUAUAGGACAAUGUCACAGUAUGAUGUUUGAACAAUUAAGCAUCAUAUCUUGUAAAACCGACAUCCGUUAACACAUUUGUUAUUAAUAAAGAUGAACACAUAACUUUGAAAUGGAUAGAUAAACAGAAUUACUAAAGUACAAGCAGCCUUGGAGUUCAGCAGACGCCGUUGCCCCUUCAGCCAAAUCAUUCUGUUCGUUGGCGCCCUCUGUCUGCCUAAUAUCAUAAUUAACUAAAGAGGCAUGCUUAAAUUUGAAAACCUUUGAUUCAAAACACAGUAUUUAUUUGAUUGAUUCAUUUCAAUACAUGGAUACGAAGUAAACGGCAUUGUUUAUCUGUCUUUAACUUUAUUUUGAAAAGGGGAUUUAUACAAUUAUAUAUACUGCUGUUUUAAUGAAUUGGUUAAAUUAAUGAACUGGACGAAUGAGGAAAUACAGCUUGCAACAUAAUACGAAAAAACUCGGUUUACGUGCUGUUUAAAUGACAGUACCAGUACAAACCAUAUGCAUAUCGAAUGACUGAGCUGGGAGAGACUGGUACCGUGCGCAGAGUGGGAUGGAAGUUAGCGGGAAAACAAGAAAUAUCCCGUCAAAAGGCACCCAUCAGUAUCAGCUUAAAGUCUGAAAGAGAAUAGAAGGAGUGGAACAAAGACAGCGGAACUGGCAGAGCUGAUUAACAUGAAGCAAUACCUGCUUUUUGUGAUAAAAAUUUCAUUUUAAACGCCUUGUGUUGUGGACAGAUCCACGAAGUGCUUCCAGACUUUUCCAGUGUGAAAUGGUGCAUUUUCCUCCUAUUUAAAGAUACCUUAUAUAUAUAUAUAUAUAUAUUGUCAUAUGUUCCGAAUAUAUGUACAAAUACAUUGUAAGUAUCGGUGCGCGAGUAACACAGGAGUUGUAGAUGACGACCCGUGAUACUCUUUGUCGUGAAAAUUAACCUUAAGUUAAAUGCUUUUGGUAUUACUAUGUGAUUCAUAUAAUCGACACGUGUUUGACUUUGUCUGCUAAAAUGGUGUUUAAUAUUAG